GCGCGGCCCCGCCCCCGGGCCCCUCCCGCCCACUCGCUGGCAGCGGCCGUGGAGCGGCGGCCGCGGGCACAGGGACGGCCACGGCCUGGAAGCCGCCGGCAUGCGCGCCCCCCGCCGCCCCGAGCGCCGGGCCCGGCCCUUCUGACGGAGCCGACUCCGGCGUCCCCGAGGAGACCCCGCGCCCCGCCACCUUCAUGCGCAUCGCGGGCCCCGCAGGUGUGAGGCUUGCUGACCUAUCGCAAUCAUGGUGCAGAAAUACCAGUCCCCCGUGAGGGUGUACAAACAUCCCUUCGAGUUAAUUAUGGCCGCCUACGAGAGGAGGUUCCCGACAUGCCCCCUGAUCCCCAUGUUCGUGGACAGCGACACCGUGAGCGAGUCCAGGAGCGAGGACGGGGCCAUCCACGUGAUCGAGAGGCGCUGCAAGCUGGACAUCGACGCCCCGCGGCUGCUGAAGAAGAUCGCAGGGGUGGACUACGUGUACUUCGUCCAGAAGAACUCGCUCAAUGCCCGGGAGCGCACCCUGCACAUCGAGGCCCACAACGAGACCUUCUCCAGCCGGGUCGUCAUCAAGGAGCACUGCUGCUACACCGUGCACCCCGAGAACGAGGACUGGACCUGCUUUGAGCAGUCUGCAAGCUUAGACAUUAAAUCCUUCUUCGGCUUUGAAAGCACAGUGGAGAAGAUCGCCAUGAAGCAGUACACCAGCAACAUUAAGAAGGGCAAAGAGAUCAUCGAGUACUACCUGCGCCAGCUGGAGGAGGAGGGCAUCACCUUCGUGCCCCGCUGGACGCCCCCCUCCACGCUGCCACCCUCGGAGCUGCCCCCGCCCAGCAAGCAGCCCCCACUGCAGGCCGCCGUGGCCCCGGACACGGCCCAGAAGGAGGGGCCGGUCGCCGAGGCGCUCAGCAACCCCAGCGGGGCGCCCGAGCCCCUGGGCGGGACCCCUGACGACAAGCUGGACACGGACUACAUCAAGCGCUACCUCGGGGACCUGACGCCGCUGCAGGAGAGCUGCCUGGUCCGGCUGCGCCAGUGGCUGCAGGAGACGCACAAGGGCAAAAUCCCCAAAGACGAGCACAUCCUGCGGUUCCUGCGCGCCCGGGACUUCCACCUGGACAAGGCGCGGGACAUCCUGUGCCAGUCUCUCACGUGGCGGAAGCAGCACCAGGUGGAUUUCAUCCUCGACACCUGGAGCCCCCCCCAGGUCCUCCAGGACUACUACGCAGGGGGCUGGCACCACCACGACAGAGAUGGGCGGCCGCUGUACGUGCUCCGGCUGGGCCAGAUGGACACCAAGGGGCUGGUGCGCGCCCUGGGCGAGGAGGCGCUGCUGAGAUACGUCCUGUCCAUAAACGAAGAAGGGCUGAGACGCUGUGAGGAAAACACGAAGGUGUUUGGUCGGCCUAUCAGCUCGUGGACGUGCCUGGUGGACCUGGAGGGGCUGAACAUGCGGCACCUGUGGCGGCCGGGCGUGAAGGCGCUGCUGCGCAUCAUCGAGGUGGUGGCGGCCAACUACCCCGAGACGCUGGGCCGCCUCCUCAUCCUGCGCGCGCCCAGGGUCUUCCCGGUGCUCUGGACGCUGGUGAGUCCGUUCAUCGACGACAACACCAGAAGGAAGUUCCUCAUCUACGCGGGCAACGACUACCAGGGCCCCGGCGGGCUGCUGGACUACAUCGACAAGGAGAUCAUCCCCGACUUCCUGAGCGGGGAGUGCAUGUGUGAAGUGCCGGAGGGCGGGCUGGUCCCCAAGUCUCUGUACCGGACGGCGGAGGAGCUGGAGAACGAGGACCUGAAGCUCUGGACCGAGACCAUCUACCAGUCGGCCAGCGUCUUCAAGGGCGCGCCCCACGAGAUCCUCAUCCAGAUCGUGGAGGCGUCCUCGGUCAUCACGUGGGACUUCGACGUGUGCAAAGGGGACGUGGUGUUCAACAUCUUCCACUCCAAGCGCUCCCCGCAGCUGCCCAAGAAGGACGCGCUGGGCGCGCACAGCAUCAGCUCCCCCGGCGCCAACAACGUGCAGCUCAUCGACCGCGCGUGGCAGCUGGGCUGCGACUACAGCAUGGUGGAGGCGCCGCUGUCCUGCCGGGAGGGCGAGAGCGUUCAGGGUUCGCACGUGACGCGCUGGCCCGGUUUCUACAUCCUGCAGUGGCGCUUCCACAGCAUGCCCGCCUGCGCCGCCAGCAGCCUGCCCCGCGUGGACGACGUGCUGGCCUCGCUGCAGGUGUCCUCGCACAAGUGCAAGGUCAUGUACUACACCGAGGUCAUCGGCUCCGAGGACUUCAGAGGCUCCAUGAGCAGCCUGGAGUCCAGCCACAGCGGCUUCUCCCAGCUGAGCGCCGUCACCACCUCCUCCAGCCAGUCCCACACCAGCUCUGUGGUCUCCAGGUAGUGCCGCCCCGCCCGCCCGCCGGAGCGGCCGCCGCCGGGUUAGCGGUUGCCCCUCCCACCGUGACCUGCCCCGAGCCCGGCUGCGGGCUCCUCAUAGCCAUAGGGCCUGUCCGGGCGCCAGGUCACCGCCCAGGGUCCCACGUCGUCUCUGUGCCAGUGAGAGGUUGACUUCGUCUCAAACACUGAUGCAAAAAAUCUGCCCAGCAGCCUCUGUGCUGUCCCUCAGAGCAGGGACUCGCCCUGCAGCCCUCGCCUCUCCCCUGCGUCCUCAGUAGCCACACACCCCAGGUAGCCUGCCUCGAUGCCCCCCAGGUGCCCGGGCUCUUCCUCCUGGGCACCCCUCACCCCUGCGCGGGCACACCCAGCCCUGUGCCCGUCUGCUUCCUGGCGGGGCCUGUGCCCGUCCACUGCAGCCUCUCCAGCCGUGGUGGUGCAGGCGCCUGCGGCCUGGGUGAGUAGGGUGGGGGCUCGGCCCCCUCGCCGUACCGCCCGCCGCACCCUCCCUGCCAGGCUGGUGCCCAGGGUUCGUGCGAGCUGCCCGUGGUGACUGCAGGGCCUCGGAGGAGGCGCCGUGGUGGUGCCAGGCCGGGCCUGCGGGCCUCCCCCGGGGGUUCACUCCCGGGCCGGCUGGGGCAGCCUUUGGAGACAAGCGUCUUUGUCCCUGGGCCUCCGGCCUCGCUUCCAGAAAGCUCUACAGGCGGAGUCAGGGCAUCGCUGCCGCCUGCAGCCAGGGCCGGGGCCUGAAGGUGUGCCCGCCCCUUCUCUCCUCGCUCCCUCUCUCCCUCCCUCCCUCUCCUGCGUCUCAGGUGGCGGUUUUGCUGACUGCUGCCGACCUCCGGGGACCCCGGUAGGAACCCUGCCCACGGCCCCUCGAGUCUCCUCUGACACUGAGCCUGUCCCGCGCCCCAGAGACCGAGGGGCCAGAGCACAUCGCUGCGCAGUGCGCAGGGUCCCGGGCGCCGGCCGGCCGGGCGCCCCGCCCAGGGCGGUGGUCAGUGCCCCCCCGAGUCGCCGUCCCUGCCCCAGUACUGGUGUCUUCUCCCCGUCCCGUUUGCAUAAGGGCCCUGUGACUAUUUUAUAGACACCCCUCGCUCCGGUAACGCAGGUAGAAACUGUAGUCUCCAGGUUUUUUAUUGUUACUGAUAAUAAACGUGACCUGUUUGAAGAAA